CUCUGUCCCGCUUUUUGGGUUUUCUACCUUUUCUGCGGUUGUUCGUCAGAACCCACCCAGCAGCCAAAAUGGUGCGGCAGAUCGAAAGCAAGGAAGAUUUUAAGUCAGCCUUGGAGGAUGCUGGAGAUAAACUUGUAGUAGUUGAUUUCUCAGCCACAUGGUGUGGGCCUUGCAAAAUGAUCAAGCCUUUUUUCCAUUCCCUCUCUGAAAAGUAUAGCAAGGUGGUGUUCCUUGAAGUAGAUGUGGAUGACUGUCAGGAUGUUGCUGCAGAUUGUGAAGUCAAAUGCAUGCCAACAUUUCAGUUUUAUAAAAAGGGACAAAAGGUGGGUGAAUUUUCUGGCGCUAAUAAGGAAAAGCUUGAAGCCACCAUUAAUGAAUUAAGCUAAUCAUGUUUUCUGAAAACAUAACCAGCCAUCAGCUGCUUAAAAUUUACCUUGUAAUUUUUUUAUUUACAAAAAAGAAAGAUCACAUAUGAAGACUAUAUACCCAACUGCCA